UUAAUAAGAUCGAUGCAUCUGAUAUGAGAAUUGAUAGAGUGUCAAAUAAGAAUAACGGGGCAGUGGUUAUAAACGCAAAUAGCGUUUCAGAUAAGGACAGAAUAAAAUCUGCUCUAGCAGACAACUUAAAUAAAGAAGUGUACGACAUCACCGAACCCAAAGUUAAUACGCCUAAAAUUUUGUUAGCGCACAUAAACGCUGAAUAUUCUGAGACGGAGAUAAUAAAUAAGAUAAAAGCUCAGAAUAGCUAUUUAAAUGAUGCGAGUUUGAAAUGUGUAAAAAUAGUCCAGGCGCAGUG